AUGGAAGAUUUCAGAACAGCUACGUAUCUGAUGCGGCAUCUCACUCGUCUCUGCAAUUAUACUUCGCUUACCGACAUGACGGCGAAAAACUUAGCCAUAGUUUGGGCACCUAACUUAUUCAGAGUCCCUCCAGCUCUCGACAGUGACGACUCUGUGCUCGGUGGUCUUGACGUGCACACAUCUCUCUGCAGUUAUCUAAUCACAAAAUCAUCUGAGAUAUUCAUUGACAAACUUGCAGGUGCGCAAAUAUCUCGAGUACGGAUAUCUCCACUUAUACGACUUUUGCAAAGGGUUGAACCAGUGGAAACACUUUUUCAUUAG